AUGUUGCCAAAUGUUGCCAAAAAAGAAGUGCCAAAACCAAGAGAUAUAUUGAUUAUUGAUUCGGACUUGAAAAAGGAUUUCCAGAAACUUCAUGAAAAAGGAAAAUCUUUAUUGUCAAUCGGGACAAGCGUUAUUACCUUUUCGGGAUUGGUUGAGGAAAAAGGACAAUGUUGUGUUCAUGCGGAACUCGCGAACAAAUCCGAUAAAAUUUUGACAUUCAAUGUCAGACGACCAACUCCCAGAUGUUUCUUUGUCAAACCAACGGUGGGCCGAGUGAAUCCAGGUGAAAAAUGCAAAAUAUUUUUUACAUUUAAAGGGAGAAUUCAACGAAUUCCUAAUGAUUAUUGCUGGUUCUAUUCGAUUUAUCAUAUUGAAAUACCACGGCAAAGAUUGGAAUGGGUGAAUGAGGAAGAAUUUUCGACAACUCGUCUAAGAUCAAUUUGGAAAGAAUAUGGCGACAAGCCAGUGAAAAAUAUUCUAUAUUUGGCAUGCGUUUUUGAUUCGACUUUUUCGGAACAUCGAGAUUGUAAACGACAUUUUGUUAAUGAGGUCAUUAUACUCAAUGACGAUGGUGAAGUUUUGGAAGAAGAGGUUCCGGAUGUUCCAGAUGGUGAUAAAGAAGAUGACGAUGAGUUGCCCGGAACCGCUGCAGAAGACCAUUGA